GCGGACAUCUCCGCGAUCCCUGAAAUGCCAGUAAAGUGCGAGAGGGGGAGAAGGGGGCCAGCCCGGUCUAGCAAAUGAGAAAAUAGAGAAGUGGGGAGUCCGACGGUGAAUUUUACGUCAGGCUUGAGACGUGGGCGUGAAGAAGGGAGAGAAAAAAAAAACACGAGGCAUCACCGCCUUCUCUUAACGGGGUGCACCAUUUCACUGCACCGCGCCGCGCCGACAACGGAACAAAUCACAAAGAGUUUCUGAUUAGAUGCGUGAACUAAACAGCGAUGUCCGACGCUCAGAUCUGGCAAUCUUUUCCCCUAACAACUAUAUAAAAUUGGCAUAUAUACUCCAAUGGUUUUACUGGACGUAGAAUGGGAUUAACUUUGUCUGGAAGAUAUAUUUCAUUGUUUCUUGCUGUUCAAAUAGCCUAUUUGCUGCAGGCGGUUCGAGCAGCGGGGAAAUGUGAAACAGUGUUCAAAGGUUUCUCCGACUGUCUGCUUCAUCUGGGAGAUAGCAUGGCCAACUAUCCACAGGAGCUGGACGAGAAGGAAAACCUUCAGACCAUCUGCACUUACUGGGAUGAUUUCCAUUCAUGUGCGACCACUGCUCUGGCAGACUGUCAGGAGGGAGCCACAGAUCUGUGGGAGAAGCUGAAAAAAGAGUCCAGAAAUCUGGACUUUCGCGGCAGCUUGUUUGAACUGUGUGCGGCUGGGAACGGCGCGAGCCGAUCAUCGGUUCCGUUCGGCCUAACGCUGAUCCUUACGGCACUGUCUGCGCUCGUCACGUGGAUGCAGUUUUAACCCACGGAGAGAGAAGAAGAAGAAGAAAAAGA